UCCGGUGUCUAGUAACAUUUUACUUCCUUCCACACAGACCGACACGAACAAACCGAAAAAGAAGACGUCGCUAACGUUAAGUAUUGUCGCCAAAAACCGCCUUCCAAGCUUAGUUUGCGUUGUAUUUUCGUCGGAUAAAACGUGGCAUGUGGCCGUCGGUGUCCGAAGACUGAGAAUUAGCAGAGAACCGCAGACUGUGUCGUGUAGGCCUCCGAGGGAAGAAAGUUUAGUGUCGGGCCUGUAAACAACAUGUCCUCCGCCUCGCAGCCUUCCUCCAGACGGCAGUGGUGCUACCUCUGCGAUCUGCCCAAGAUGCCGUGGGCCAUGCUGUGGGAGUUCAGCGAAGCGGUGUGCCGGGGAUGUGUCAACUACGACGGCGCGGACCGGAUCGAGCUCCUGAUUGAAACUGCGCGGCAGCUGAAGAGCACGCACGGGGUGUUAGACGGCAGGUCUCCCGGACCCCAGCAAAGCAAACCCGGCUCGGUGGGGACCGUCGAAACGGGGCGGCAGCAUAGUGAGCGCGUAGACAGGGGCAGGGGGGAAUACGGGGUGUCUUCCCGGCUCCCUAACGGCUUGCACCGAGCUGAGGACGUGGCUUUAUCGGAGGGAAGCCGACAGAGCCCGAACACCCGCCGGGUUGUGACCGGUGCAGUGCCCGGGCUCCACAGCACCAUCUCUCACGCCUUGAUAGCUCAGGGGUUGGUGGCGGGUCCUCACGGGCUUUUAGCCCCGUUAUCGGGCUCCCGAACUGCCAGCACACCCAUCGCAGUCUCAGCCGGGCCCAUCAUGGGUGAGGGUGGCAGAAGGCAGGCGGUGUCUCUGGGGGUGGGCGCCAGCACUUCUGCCCUUGUGGGUAUAGAUCCAGCAGUGUGGAGGAACAAUGAGGUGAUGGCCGAACUGAACGAAGUGGCCAGAAACCGGGUGGAAGGCUGGCCGAACCGACCCAAAGCGGUGCGAGACGUGCUGGUGGCUCUGAGCAACUCCAUCCCCUUCAAUGUCCGCUUCAGGAAAGACCACAACCUCCAGGGCCGCGUCCUGGCUUUUGAUGCCAGCACAACUCCAGAGUUUGAGCUGAAGGUCUUCGUCGAGUAUCCCGUGGGCUCCGGGAUCAUCUUCUCAGGGAUCCCGGACCUGGUCCGACAGAUGUUCCGGGAUUCGGCGAAAGAUGCAGGCAAAGCUGUGAAUUCUGGCCUGCGAUACGUGGAGUACGAGAAGCGGCAGGGUACAGGGGACUGGCGUGGGCUGUCCGAACUCCUGAACGACGGCGUGAGGAUGUUCAAGGAGCCGCCCAUCCCAGAGGUCCUGCCCCAGCCGGACCCGGUGCUGUCGUUGGCGGCGACAGGCCGCCCGGGUCCGGCAAAAAGCACGACCAGACGCCGGAAAGCUUCUCCCGGCUCGGAAAACGGAGAGAGUGACGGGAGACCUGACCACCCAGCCAGGGAGUCCUGGCCCCGGAGCGCCUACACGGAGCCUCUGCCCGGCAUGGCGGCCCCUCAGGAAGGGCCGCCGCGCCUCCACAGCCAGCCGUCGCCCAUCUCGGCCCUGAUGGGCGUCACAGACAGCCUGAGCUCCAGCCAGAUGCCCAGAGACAGCCCAGGCAUGUCCGCAGCCCACUCCUUGGCAGCCGGUCGCUCCACCAGCAGCAGCCCAUCCACCGCCUCCACCUCGGCUUCCCAGGCAUCCAUGGGCCAGAGCAUGAGCGCGGUGGGGCCGAGCGGCAACGCCAACACCGGGGAGAGCACGAGCAGCACGCAGGGCACCCUGCUCUGCUGCACGCUCUGCAGAGAGCGCCUGGAGGACACACACUUUGUCCAGUGUCCCUCCGUCCCUCACCACAAGUUCUGCUUCCCCUGCACCCGAGCGUUCAUCCGCAGCCAGGGCCAGGGAGGGGAGGUGUACUGCCCGAGCGGGGAGCGCUGCCCCCUGGCCGGUUCCAACGUGCCUUGGGCCUUCAUGCAGGGGGAAAUCUCCACCAUCCUGGCCGGAGAUGGAGACGUGACGGUAAAAAAGGAGGAGUGAGCCCCCGCUGACCUCCCGACGUCUCCGACCUGUCAUGGUGAAUGGGGAUCAAACACUUCGAAAGCACUUCCCUUUUUAUCUCGAGCAGAGGUCCACUUCGGCUGCAUUUCAUCAAGCGUGCCUCCAUAAGCAGAGUAAGUCCGAAGCUCCAGGAGGACAAACUAAACCAGGAUCAGUUAGUAAAGACAAGAAAAGCCACCAGUGAGGAAGAGGAAGAGGCAGAGGCUCAGAUCAGCCGUUCUUCAUCGCUCCAAGUGGCUCAAACGGCCCAGGACAGAAAGCACACGUUUGUCUGACAAUCUGAUUUGUGUUUUUUUUAUUUUUGUUUGUUUUUUUUCCCUUCUUGGUUUGUUCUAAAUAUUGCAUUGUGUAUUAAACCGAUGCAGGACAGCGUUAUUGAUUGAUAACUUGGCUAAAGUAAUGCACUUCUUUAGAGAGAAAAAAGGAAGAAAAAAAAAAUCGAAUGUUUUGAACACAAAACCCCAUUUGGUCCUUAAAGCCAAGGAGUGCAAAAAAAAAAAAAAUGUAAUCCCACAUUAUGUCUCGUAGAUAUUCUUCUGUUGUAUGUUUCAAAUGUGAACUUCCUUUCAAUAUGGCUAUGUAAUUUCUAUUUUUGAUACAAUACAAAUUUCUAUGUAUUUGUUUAUAGUGAUAAGAAGACCAAAGAUGGCUUCAUGCUCAGUGUAAUUUUAUUGUAGCUGUGUAUGCUGUAUUCACUGAUAACCUUUGGCAUCAGUCACUAAUUAGUCCAUCUAUCACAGAUGUAUGCUUGUUUUGUCUAUUUACUUUUUGAAUUCUAUGUAUGGUAAGAUAAUUAGCAUCACAUCGAAUGGUUAACCCACACUUAUGUGAUCUGAACAGGUCAAUUCUACAAUAAAGGACUAAAUAGUCA